UAAAUACACUUCUGCAGCUUUUUUCCUCGGUGACCUUUAAAUGGCCCUGUUCAGUGGCCUUGUCUUUUUCUUACCAUCUUGGUCCCGUCUGUUGCAUCCCUUCCUCCCGUCUUUUGUGUGUUUCCCCUCCUCUUUUCUAUCCCUGAAGUGUAGCCAAUUCUCAGUUUCAGGCCUCAUAUCUCCAGGUAUUUGUCUUUCAUUUCUAAUUGGACAGCCCAACGUCAUUGGCAUGAAGCCACUUUCCCUACUUGCUUCCUUUCCUGGAAAUGUUCCUGGCAUUUCCCUCAGUUACCCUGGUUCUUGGCUUCCACAUCUCCUUUCCUUUGGCUGUUAUCUCUCCUUUGGUUUUUAAAUCUGAGUUGUCGCCAACACAGUUUAGGUUGGGACUCUGUUGGCCAGUCUUCAAUCUUCCCUCCACGUACGCUGAUGAAUUUCCACAAUUGCCCCUCAUCCUGCUCAGACUCCCCGGUGAAAUACUGCAGGUUCUGCAUUCUGCUUCCAUUUUUCUUUUCUCUCUUCCCUCCCACUAUGCCUCCCUUCCCCUCAGCCCCCAGAGCCCUUUGUCAAGCCAGGCUGGCUCUUGAGCUGUGUCCCCUGAGCAUGUCUGCGGCUUGACUCUUUCCUGGCCGUUCAUUCCCCUGCCAUCCUAAAGUGCUCUUUGAGUCUAGCUGGCGAGGCCGACUGACACUCUAAUAAUCCUAACAAAGUGCUCUCUCCCAUCAUACGUGGAGGAGCCACUGACCCUGUGGAAAUAUGCCCUUCAUAUUUUCGGAGCGGAACUCUGGACUGGACUGCACCCACAUGCUCGUGUGAGCCCAUGUUGCAGUGAGGAGAGUUCUGUCCAUUCUCCCAAAGAAGUCCUGUCUCCAGGCACACUGGAGGGCAGAUGGGGGGCGGGGGGUACAUGCGGUGGCAAGCGGGGCCAUCCUAAUCCCUCCCUACCUCCAGAGCAUGUUUGACCCUUUGGACAGAUGCCCAUCCCUGGAGCUUAUCUUCCUGACAUGUGAAUUGUAGUUAGUCUACAUGGUCUAACUGCAGGCCUCCCAAGCCCCUUCACCCUCUGGAAAGUGUGGCCUGCUUUAGAAAGCCUCUGGCACUCACUUGGGAAACCGUAGAGCUUCAAUAAGAUGACUCAUUCCCAUCAGGGGAAAGAAAGCUUGCAGGCAUAAGCUUGGGAACAGCUUCCUGCCGGAGAAGCUCCUGUGGGGAAAGGGAUGCUCACCAAAUGUGUGCUGGGGGUGUCUAUGGGUACGGGACAGCACCCUCCACCCUGGCCCUGACUCCUUUUCCACCCUCUUGUGACCUGGCUAGGUCAGCCCCCCACAUGGUCUUACAAAGUUAAAGUGACCAUGAUUCCUUAUUCUAGGUCAAAGCCAGUGUCUUCUGAGGACUUAAGAGAGAACUCUCAGUCUCAAAAGGCACCCACCCCAGGUGGAUUCCAGAAGAGCGAGGAGGUUCUUAGCUCCCCGGCGUCAUCCAUCACUCUUAGCCAACGUGAGUCUCAACUGUUUACCCAGCUACCCAUGGCCAAGAUGGAGAAGGUGUUUGAGGAGGAUGUUGACUCAACCGGAGCCCUGGGCGUGAAGGCUUUCAUUAAGGCCACGAAGAAGAUUCUGAGCAGUGUGUCGGAUGAGAUGCUGGAGGCGCUGUUUUUGAAGGUGGACACAGACUGUAAUGGCUCCAUCACCUGGCAGAAGUACGUGGAUUACGUGAUGCGUGAGUUCCAGAGAAAGGAGAUGAUGAGGACAAGCCAGUACCGCCUGCGCUUCCACCUCCCCAUGAGGAUCAUCCCCCUGGUCUGGCACUGGGCUCAUUUCAGCCCCUCAACCCUGCAGGCGAACCUGAGCAUGAAGAUCCCACGUGGCCCGUUCUGCUGUAAGACGCACGCACUGUGCGUUCCUACAGGGACGCUCGGACCACCUCUGGAGUGUCGGGGUUGCGCCACCGCACGCACACUUUCCAGAACCAUGAGUAUGCGCUCCCCAGCCCUCCCCUUUGGCCAGGGUAUCUCUUCCAGGACAAGGAGAGGGUUUCCCCAAGGGCAGACUGAAGUCUCUGCCCCGACAGAGGAAGCUCCUGGUUACUCAAAAUGGAGACUCCCCAGCAUGGGCGUGUCUUUAUUGCAGGAUCCAUUAGACACCUGGCUGUCCCUUUCACAGAAACCUCUCAGUGCUGAAAGCCCUAAGCCGUUUAGAAUACCCUAUGGCAGACAGUCAGUUCUCAGAGAUGCUCAAAGGAGAGGAGGGGAGUUCCAGAAGAAGGUUCUGCUGCAAUCCAAUGCAUCGGUGGAGAAGAUCAUCUUCCUGCAGACCAGGCCUCGCCUGCCACACAUAGCCACCCUGCUGAGCAGCUGCGUGGAUGGCCACAUCUAUGCCUGGUCCAUCCAUGGAGGCGGAGGUCUGCUCGGGAAGUUCCCUGUGGACUUCGAAGACAAGGGGGAUGUGGUUGUGGGCGCCAUGGCCACUGAUGAAAAAGACUUGAUCCUCGUCACAGGGGAUUGUAAAGGAUACAUCAAGAUCUGGGACAUCAAAGAUUAUUGCACAUUCAGUGACAAGUGUCCACUUCAACCCAAUGGAACAAGCAAGUUCCAGUUCUUAAUUCCUGAACGGGUCCAGAUCAACCUUCCACACUACAUCCCCUUGAAGGAGAAGGAGGUUGUGGCUGGCCAGACCAUUUCCUUGGUUCCUCCCAAGCUUCUGAAUACCUGGAAGGACCAUUUGGACAGUGUGGCAGACAUCCUGUAUGUAGAUACCUUCCAGCUGGUUAUCAGUGCUGGCCAGGACUGUAAUGUCAAGGCUCGGAAACUCUCCGGUGACACCGUUGGGACGUUCGGCCUGAGUGUCUGGAAAAGGCUGCGGGAUAUUCAGAUGGUUGGUGAUCCUGAACUGAGAAGAAACUCAAAGGAGGAGGAUGACACUGUAGUUGCUGCCCAGAAGGCCUUCCAUUCAGAGCUGCAGGAGGAGCGGGCUCUGGCUGAGGCCCUGGUGUACCAGCGGCAGGAGGAGGCGGCACUUGUGGCUCUCCUGAAUGGGAAGCCAGACAUGGAGGCUGAAGCUUGGGCCAACCUGCAGAAGAUAACCCAGACGUCCCCAUGGGCUGGAGAGCGCUCCCAGGAAGACGUUGAGAGCAGCUGGUGCAAGUGGGAGUCCAAGGGCAAGCGGGAGAGCAAAGUUGUGGGAGCCGUGUACAAGCCUAAGGACCGGUCACGGAGUCCUGGACUCCGGUCCACCAACGUGCAGUAUGGCUGGAUGAAGUACCAGAUUUCACCUCAGAUCUACCAAAGCCUGCACUUCAACAACCUGUCGCCCACCCACACGUCUGACCUCGUGUUGCACAACGUCCUGGGGCAGCAGGGUCAGCGCACCCACCCGGUGACCCACAACCGCCAGAAGGACCCGGAUGCUGACAGGGAGACCGUGCCCAACACCACGACCAGCUCGCCCACUGCCUCCCUCUCUCCCAGCGACUCUCCAGGUUCCUGGAGUCUGGCCUGUCCACCUCCCCGUACCUCCAGUCCUCCCCCUCGGUCUUGUCCCAGGCAUCCAGGUACAUCGCGCAGAGGUCGGCCACCCCCAUGCCUGUUGCCUCGUCCAUCAAGCAGCUCUCAAGACCCCUGAAUACCACCCUUCUGUCCUCCAUGAAAAGUUCCCGCAUCGGGUUCUGAGGUGGCCCACUGUGUCUCCAGUCGUCCAGCACAGUGACCAGGCCCAUGGGGGUCCUGUCUGUCCCUGGCUCACCCCUGCCAGACCCAGAGGAUACAGACCUCCUUCUAUUGACCUCCUUCUUCACUAGAGUCCUGGAGAAGAAAAUAAAUAUUUGCAGAUAUCAGAGGCCUCCAGGCCGGGAGGUCAGGCUGUGUGUCCCUUUACCCCCUUAAGCGCCAGGCUGUCUUGGAGAUUGGCCGCGUUCCCCUGAUGAGGCCCUGGCUGGAUGCAGGGAGAAUCCCCUCCCCCGAGACACCUGGCCCAGCUGUCCAGCAGGUGAAGCAUAGGGACAGGGCCUCGGAGGCUCCUUGGUGUUGUGGUCAGUGGUUCAUGCCACUAGGGUGAGCGGUUUGCAUCUGAAAGUUGGUUCAGCCUCAUGGCUGGAGUGAGGCCCCGCAGCCAUCCGGAGGUGGUUUGUCUCCUGCACUGCCUUGUGCCUGUUCUCCCCCACCACCAGGCACUCCACCCCAGGGAACUCUGUGUUUACAAACUGUCCUGCCCCUCAAGGAUGGUGGAGGGGCAUCCUGGCCUGGCUCUGUGACUGUCCCUUUGGACCCAGGUUUUUCUGAACCAAAGCCCCUUGAUCCUUCUGCUGUGUG